AUGUUUAUUCACCACUCGUGUUGUGAUUCCUUUUUGUUCACAGUGGUUGGGGAGCAGUUUGACUUAAUUUCGAUAUGUGACAGUAACAAUGGUUGCUGCUGGUAUCAACAUAGUUCCCGUGAUCGGAAUGGAACUGUCUCAGGUGUUGCAGUUCUCUUGGUCAUCAUUGAACAAGUCAAGUGUCUUCCUUACAAUGAGAUUGUUAAUAUUCCCUUCAGAGAUGAAUCUAUGAGAUAUGGUCAGAACCUGGAGGUUAACGGGGAGAAAGGAACUGGCCAGGUAGAGGAGUUCUCAAAGAUCAAUCUGCUCCUGUCUGAUUUCUGCAGAAUGACUGAGCCUCAGCCUAAGUACUCCACCACAGAGAAGAAAAGCUUUGGACACGUUAUAAUCUCAAUAUAG